AAAAUGAAGUAUACAAGUUCUGUUCUUCAUUUGCUCUUCCAACUUUCACUGGAGUGUUACACUGGACUGGAACUAUUUUAUCAUGAUGAUUUAGAAAUUGAAUCUCUCUCAAAUGGAAACGAUGUAAUGAUAAUCUUACUGAAAUAAAAUUGGUCUACACGGUUCAUUGAAAUCCUUCAAGGAAUGCGGAAUGCCUGGAUAUUUUUGCUGCUUUUGUUCUUCUGUGAUACGUUCUUCACUAACUUCGCAGCUUCUUUAGUGAUUCAUGUUUCAUACACGAGGAUGUUACGAUUCCUUCGGACUAUUCGUUUUUUGGUCAGAUUAACAACUUUUAUCAGACGACUUGCUUUCUUUCGCCGUUUCCUGGGAUUUGUUCCUUUAUUGAUGCUACGCAGACAAGACAAAGUCGGAGGGAAGUUACUUUCAUUUAAGGAAGAUUCUUGCUUUAAGAAACUUGCCUGCGAAAUAAUAUCUCGGCCUUACCAAAAUAUUGCAGACCUCACAAGUGCCAGGAAAUCUGAUCUAUUUCAGCAAAGGCUGGAUGAUGCGGAAAGAAAACUACUGCUAUCUAUAACCCUCUCUUCAACUGAAGAAAACGACCUUUGUAAAAAAAGGUAUAGUUCUUGCCCUUAUAGCUCCAGGGAAAUGCUAGAGGCCAUGAAAAAAUUCCAGAAAAUGAAGGGUGAACUGAAUAUUCCACGAAUUGUGACUUCAGAUAUAUUCAAAUAUCCCAAAGGAAUAUCCUGACGCUUGCAGAAGACAUAUUCUGAGAUCGUUUCCUCUCUCUCUCUACCUCAAAGUUCGAGAAUUGAUCGAUGAUAUGGAACGAAAUCUUGUGCGAUGUACUUGUUGGAUUUCUAGCGGUUGUGUUGUUGCUUAUUGCAUUGUUGCUUAUUUUAUGAGCUUAGACUUUUACUCCGUUAUCAUGUCACUUCAUUUCGUUAUUAUAAGAAUGAUUUGGACAUAAGGAACUUCUGAACGCUAUGACCAAAUAAGUCCGAAGGUAUAAUAACGUCUGUAAUUUAACCACGCAACCAUCCGUAACAAAAUGUAUAACAAAUGUUCAGAUCGCAGAGAGGUAAACAAUAUAUGACAGGGUAUAUGAAACCUAUAACUACGAAACAACAAAAAAGAGAAAAUGCCGAUAUUAAUGUCUAGUAAUAAUUUACAAAUAUAUACGGACAAACUACUAUUAUGGUUAAAUUACGGACGAAUUUUUGUCAUGGUUAAAUGUCUUGAAUGAUGAAGACAUUAAAAGGGUAAUUUUAAUGCGCUGCCUACAUUCGCUGCAAGUUUUUAUGUUUUCAAAAUGUACAGUGCAUUAUUUAUGUUGCAAUAAACAUCGUUUUACCUUGAGAACAUGAAAAUAAAAUCUAAACUCAUUUA